GCGCAGAAGAGACUGUCUGCCACAUAUCUUCUCCAAAAUCUCGGAUACUCUCCCGUGGAACAUCUGCUCCCCCAGAAAGGUGUUGCUUCAUCGACGCAAACUGAAAAUUUGGAUGCAGUGUGGCGCUUAGGUUUUCGCGAAUAGAGACGCUGGCCGACAGGACGCGUCGCGUCGGGAAAAUCAAAGCAUUAGGGGUAUCGAUUGUUCCAGCGUUCCAGCGUGAAAAGUUCAGUCUGUGGUUACCGAAGGGCGGCAGAUAAUAGGGCCACAAACCGAUACCCGGGACACCAUGUCGUACGGAGCUGCUGGUCAGUGCUGAAAAUGUGACAGACGGUUCCAGUUGGGACACGAAGUUUGUGAAGGCAAAUUAAACGCAACACGAGCGAAGAAGAAAGCGAAAACAAUCUUCCGGAUUCACCGAUCAAUUACGAAACGAAUUCGACGUGAGGCACCUUUUUACGUCUAGAACUCGCCAGCAAACAGAUUGCUAAGUACCAGUGUUGGGGUGCAAAAAGUAUCUCUCUUCCUCGUUGACGACUACUUUUCAGACAUUAAACAUGGAUACGUUCUUCCGGCUGAGAAGGUCGUCCCACACGCCGUCGUACAGCCAGGGCGGUCAGGAACCGCUGAUCGUCGUCGAGGAGUCGGAAAACAAUGAAAAGGAGGAGGAAACAAGCAAUCAAUCGUCCCAGCGCCAAAGUCUGGACAUCGAAUCGCCCGAAAACCCGUACUUGCUGUCCCCAUGGCGCGAAACGCGCAAACACUCGCUACCCACACCACCCUGCACCAGCGGCAUCACUGCCAGCCAGGUGCGGCGCCUGUCGGAGCGGGGCGGUGAAGGGUCCGGUCCGUCGCCCCGCGAACAGGCCUUCCUGGCCACGCUCUACAGCACACCAGCACCGCAACCGGGUGGCCGACGCCAUUCGGUGGUCACGAUCAGCCGCGUUCCGCCCACGCUAUUCGGCCGGAAUCGCAGGGAGUCUAUUGCAGCGCUACCUGCUGGCCAGCGUUCGAACGCAAGCUCCCGACGCGAAAGCAAUAUUGGACCGCCGCCAUCGACGGACCACAGAGGUAGUAUACACAAUUUACAGUUAGAUAUUAUGGAUGAUAUAGUACAGGCUAGAAAAGCGCGCAUGAAGCUGUGGAACACGAGCAACGAGCGUGUGUGCGAAGUGCAAACGCUCGACGAGGCCGGCACCGGUUCCAGCUCGCCGAUGCGCUACACCAACCGGCGCUACUCGGACUUCGUCGGUACCGCGUUGCCCCCGAUACAGUCGUUCCGGCGCGCCUCGGAGAUGCCGAUAUCGCCGUGCGCCCCGCUAAUGCCGGUCAGCACGAGCAGCAUCGCAACACCUGCCGCACCGACACCAGGCACCGACGCGUCCUUUAAGCCGAAAACGAAGAUGGGUAUCGUGUGCACCAACACUGAUCUCAUAUCUCUCUUAUCGUCUCUAGCCUCGUCUGCGACAGAGAUUAAUCGAUGUGGCGAGAAAGAGCACCCUAGCCCCCUAGCUUCCCACGCAUUUCCGCUUCGAUCCGCCGCCAAAAGUCCGACCGCGGGCACCUCGGCUGCCGGUGGUGGUGGCGGCGGCGACCAGCCGAAAAGCAAUCUCCAGAAGAAUCGCUCGAACAGUUUUGACAUUUCGCUCUACCAGAAUAUCAAGCAGCUCGCCACAGGGGGCGGUACACUCUCUGGCAGUGGUGGUGGUGGUGGUGGUGGUAGUGGUGCAACCGACACCGAAAAAUCGUUCGUCGAGUCCGGCUGGUUCAUCAAGCGGCACCAGCCGAUGGCACGCCGCAAAUCAUCGGCCAAAUCACCGAGCGCCACCGUCACGUUCGCGCGCGAAACGUUCGACAAGCUGCGGGACAAGGAACCGGCCCACAAGGAUGAACCGAAGCCGAAACCGAAGGAGUCCCGAUCACCGCUGAACAAGCUGAAAUGGGACGGCCGAAGUGCGAUCGUGGACGCCCGCAUGAUUGGACACGCGAUCGAAAACUUCAUCACCGGCUCCUCGUCCUCGUCAUCGUCGUCGUCGUCGGGCAAAAAAUCGUCCGCCUCCGGCGGCGGUAAGGAUGGUGCGGGUGGCCGAACCGGUGGCAAAAAGUCGUCCACCUCCAGCUGGUUCGGUAAGGCGGACGAGGACGAAGAUUCGAACGACGCGUGCGAUUCCUCGCUCUGCUCGACCCUGAAGGAUCUGUUUGUAAAGUAAAGCCGAACAACCCACUGCUCCCAACUUGGCUUGGCUACUACUGGAUUUACUUAACAAGAUUUAUACACUAAGCUACCGUCGCACGCUACUGGACGGAACGGAACCGGGACCGGGCGUUAUUUCCUUUUGCACCCGUGGUUCAGUACAGCAGGCGUCGUGUCAAUGCCCACCGAAGAAAACAAAAAUACAACACACACACACACACACAUACUUAAACACACACACACACACACACAAUGCAGGAAGAUUGAGAGAGUUAGAGUGAAUGAGGGAGCGUCUUACAGAAGGACGACGUAACGUAGCGUAACGUUGCACACUGGGUGCGUCAAACGGGUUUUUUGCUGUCAAAACCAUGUGCGACCGUGCGACGCAGAACGUCGUUGGGUGCGCCGUGUACGCCGUACAAUUAACAUUAACCAAUCCCACCAAUGUUAGUAUAGCCUUUUUGACAUCUACCGAUAUCGUGACAAGUUUUACUAGGCUAAACGGAAUACUAAACAAACAAACAAACAAAAAAAAACAAAGCAUGUUCGUACGUUUGUGUAUCUUUAGAGUAUUUGCUGUUUUCGUUCACAAUUUUUUCUACAAACUCACACACUUAUAGCAAUACACGCGGUGUCCAACAAGUCAACAGCGUGAACCGUGCCGUUCUAAGUAUACUAGCAUCGUAAUAUUGUGCAAAACAUCUCUGCCGUAACAUUUCCCCCCUCCCCCCCCCCCCCAAAACAAACCAAUUUUUUCCCCGUAACAUGUUAUUGUGUUAUUGUGUGACCAUUUUUCUAGCUAUUUCUAGCCGAUCGCCUUCCAGAAAUGUCCUGUAUGUGUACACACACACACACACAGAAAAAAAAAACUAUAAUAUAUUACUAAAAUAAGCACCUAAGUAACUCCCAUUCCGUACACCGGUUCGGUUUGUUUGCGUUUUUGACCUUUUUUUUUUAUUUUGGAAGUAAAUUUUUCUUUCCCACUGUGCCAAGGUAUAUAUGCCAAGGUAGUUUUGUAGUGAACCGCGCAAUACAGCAGGAUUUUUGGUUUUAUUAGUACAUUCGCCAAAAAAAAACGGGUUACGUGAGACUAAAGCAACAAUGAAACUGCGAUACUGUAACAUUCGAUCCACCGGUGUUUAAGAGUACGGAUUCCAGAGAGCAAUUUUGCCCACCUCAUUCCCAGGCACGUGAAUCUUAGUGUGCGUCACUAGACGUGAGAUGUUUACAUCUACAGCGUUUACUUAUAGACUAGCGAUAUACUUGUAAGUGUCUAACAAUUGUAUGUAAUCAAGUGAAAGAUAUAGUCGUAUGGGAGAGCGAUACAAGAAAGAGAGAGAGAGAGAGAGAAAGAGAGAGAAGGUUUUGUGUACCUAUCUCUACCGUAUCCUGCCAGUCGGUUUUGGCGCAGGAUGUCAUUGCGUUAUUCACACUACUACAUCGUUCUAUCUUUACCUCCGCCAUUAGUUUACACCUGCUAGAGUAUAGGAAAGCGAACAAAUGCAAAGCUCUCACCCACCGUUACUGUACACUGAGAUGCGAAUGAUAGUUAAAAGCUUGCCAAGGUAAAGAAACAAACAGCUAAAACAAAUCCUUCUAUCUACCUUUCGUUCGUUUUACGUCAUCUGACAGCAAGAGUAACGUCACUUCUGGAUCGAAUAGAGAUGAGAUGGUAGAGAUAGGUAACCAGAACCGUAUAUACUGUGUAAAUCAAUACUUAAAGAAAACAGGUUUUUUUCUAUGUGUAAAAGAAAUUCGAUCUUAGAUCAGGGCGCAAAUGAAGCCUAAAAAUGCGUAACGCUCAGAAUUGAUGCCAAUUAUGUCGCGACCAUUCUAUAGCUGUCGUCAGCUGUGGGGCGGUUAAACAAAAAAAACACAAAAUGGCGUGUAAAGUUAACGUGCAAAAAAAAGAAAAGGAAAGGUUACAUCUAACUAGCAUGGCAAAUGGCCACCUAACUAACACGCAACAGCAACAACAAAAAAAAGAAAAACGACGACAAAAUUUGUUCAAAAACUCAUAGCAGCGUUUGCACAGAAAACUAACUUUAAUAUACCGUUUUACUUCAUUCAUUGGAUGUGAUUAAACGUAAGAGUACAUCUUAUCCGACAAUCGUGACAUAGUUAGCAGCAAAAUCCUCCCACCAAAAAACAAAAAAAAAAUACGCGCGUAUUACGCGAGCACAAAAACGUUGUGGUUGUUAAACGAUAGUGUGUAAAACUGAUUUGAUAUCGCUCUUUGUAAGCUCGUUUUAGGUCGGAGCAUAUAUAACGGGCAAAACGGUGACUGUACGGUACGGUGUAAUGCUGCUGCAGCACUAGCAGGAUGCAAGCAGGUUUUGCAAACACAAUCACACUAGAGCACAUUUCAUAUACGUGUUGAUAAAACGGAUUUCGAUCACUUUGUUCUUACUAGAUUUUUACGCAACAUAUCUCAAAGGUUUAUUAUAGCUAACAUAUCGGACAUGAAAAUAUUGCACUGUAUGCAAAACCAUUCUUCCACCAAAUUUUCUAACCUUCCAGAAUCUUCCCUUGAUCCAGAUCCCUGCCUUGAUAUGACAACAACCAAAAAAAAAGAGCCAGUUACAUACAGCAGGCAAUCGUUUUUAGUUCGUACGUAUCGCACUGGUAGAAAAGCUACAAUAGUAACGCUCAUUAUUUUGACAUUUGACACUUAGUUCCAGUUAACAUUUCUCGCGUGUUUAUACGCGCGAGUUGAACACUUUGUUUGUCAUAUCAUGUGAUACUGAAAUGAUACUGACAAUGCCUUUUUGACAUUUUACUAUUUUUGUUUACUUUUUUCAAAUGUCAAAAUUAUUUUUUCAUUUAUUUUUUUAAUAUCAAAUUCCAUCAUUUUAAGAUACAUUAAUUUUAAUUUUCGGCAACCUAACUGAUAAUAAGUAAACUACCAGAAUCAAACAGGAGCAAACGUCUACUUAAAUUUUGUAGUUUGCGUCCAAAGAAACCACCGACAAAAAAGAACCCUCGCCUACAGUGAUGCGUUAGUGAAUAGCUGCAUGUAACGGGGGGAGGAGGUUAGAAUCAUUAUAUCCGCACCGCUAUAAGCAGAGCCACACCAUACGCAGAUAGUAACAAUCUGAAACUAUUGAGCAAAGUUUCAUCAAUCGUGACAAUAUAUAAAAGCUGAAUGGAAAAGUUAUAUCAAAACCGUACUGUUCCGAAUUUCCGUAACCUAAAACCCAAAAUGCGUUCAUUUAUUCGAACCGCUUAAGAAAAGGUUUUUGUAUACUGUUUGCAGUAACGAAUAUGGAGUCGGGGUGAGAAAACACAAACGUAAUAAGAACGCAAAAAAACCGCAUGAACAGGAAAUAAUUAAAUGAAAAAGUUGAAGUGCAGCAGAGAGAAAAAAAACACACACACACGCGUGUAACAUUUCACUAAAUGUUAAUAGUAUACCUAGUGAAGGAGCAGUGUGCGUAAUGGAAAAAAAAUCGUAUGACAUGAGAAAAGGCUAAAAACGACGGAACAGAACAAAAUAUUUUUAAGAAUUUACUGUUAACAUCUUAAAAAGGGUAUAUUUUUUUGAUUCAAAGGGUUUUCCUAGUACAUUAACCAGCGUUUCCUCUCAACGCGUAAACUGAUUGUUGUUACAUUUAGCGUUAAGAUCUAUACAAUAAACUAGUUGAUGAAUGUUUACAAAACUUGAAAAAAAUGACACAUCAUUGUACAACAAAGCAUAUAUAUAUAUACUUAUACUAGUGAAACGGAAGAGAUAAACGAAACCGAAGCAAAACCUUCAAUGAGCAAGUGGUAAAGGCUAUAUCUACUGAUUGUUGAUAACCUACAUUUGCAAACUCUAUGUGAUUACGAUGUAUAUCAAAGGUAAAAAGAAAAGAGCAAAAAAAAAACACAAACACACAUAACAAAAAGGGACACUCAUUUGUAAAAGAAAACCUCCGCGCUGCAAAAUCGUAAAAACACAUUUUUGAAGCAAAUCAAAACUAGUAUGAAACUGUCAACAAACAACCGGUCAAACACGUCAUAUAACAUAAUGAAAAACACGGUUUUGCAAAACACAGACAGCUAUUAACAGAGAUGCUAAAAGAUAUUUUGAAUGCAAAGGAAAACCAAGUUAUUAAGAAAACUAUAACGAUAAAUAACAAAUCAAACAGCAAUCAGAAAAUAGUUAAACAAAAAAAAACUUUCAGAUAAGCAUAUUAAUUAAAAAAACCGACAAUUUGGUAACAAGAUGGAAUCGAUUGUGCGUGCAACGGGUUGCGAGAAAUGUUUAUGCAAAAGCAAAUGAAGGAAGAUGAACAUAAAUCACAAAAAAUCUGACAUCCGACUCUAUCCAACAAUAAUUUGAACAUAGGAAAGUGCAUAAUAUUAUAUAUACAUAAAUGUGUGUAUUUUACCACCGAUGAUUCGUGUUAUGGUUGAAUAAAACAAUAUACUUAUUUACCAUUAUCAUAUGUUAAACACUAGAAUAA